UCUCAAUACGUAAUUAUCAACCAGAUUUAGAUUGUAAUUUUAUGUAUUUGAUUAUUCACAUAUAAUCAAAAUCCGUAAAAUCACCGCACCCCUGGACCCGUCUUUGUUUUAUUUCCUCUACAAAUACCAAACCAAACCAGGUUUUUGUAUAUCCGAAGGAUCAGAACACUUUAUGCUGCAUAAUUAUUCUUUCCAAUUUUUAGGUUUUCCCCCUGAAAAUUUCGAUUCUGAUUUUAGGGUUUGUUUUUUGAGUAAGAAAGAAGGAGAGUUAAAAAUGAGUGGAGAGAGUGUGACCCUUGAUCUUCUCAAGAGAAAAAUGGACCAGUUUGCAAAGGAAAGAGACUGGGAAAAGUUUCACAGCCCUAGAAACCUUUUCUUGGCUAUGGUUGGAGAAGUAGGUGAAGUUUCAGAGAUAUUUCAGUGGAAAGGGAAGGUUCCAAAAGGACUGCCAGAUUGGAAAGAAGAAGAAAAAACUCAUCUGGGUGAAGAACUUUCUGAUGUAUUGCUUUACCUCAUUAGACUUUCUGACAUCUGUGGAAUUGAUCUUGGUAAAGCUGCCCUUCGUAAGAUUCAACUCAAUGCAAUCAAAUAUCCAGUCAAAGGCUCUUCAUACAAUGUCAGCAAUACUAGCAAUUCAAGUUGACUCGAGAAGUUCUUGACUAUACAAUAUUGGUUCGUACUAAAGAAAGUUAAAAUUUUGUUCAAUAAUACAUGUCAGUUAUGUCGGUAGGUCUUGUUCCCUAUAUUAUGUAAUCGUGUUCAAUAAUAUAAAUUAGUCGAGUCGGUGGGUCUAGAGAAAUAUAUGAAUGAUAUUCCUCUUCCUAUUGGUCUUAGGUAGUUGGGUUGAUAAUAUUGACAAUUUGACAUUUCCUAGUAUGAUGAUUGAUGUUGGUUUGGCAUUAA